AUGAUGACACAUCCGCUUGUCAAAAGCGCAGGGAAGUUAGUUCAGUCAACAUUGCUCCCAACCUUCUCGCUGGGAUUAUACUGCGUGGAUUUUCUGCCGCGCUGCGUUUCUCAUUGGUUCGCAUUUUCCGCUUUCAUUGGUUUUCCAGCAUCGAAAUUCGCUGCCAAACAAAUUUAUCCACUUGUUGCAAAAAUGGAUCGUCAAGGCUUCAUGGAACCUUCGCUUAUUCAGGAGUUAUUCCAAGCUGGAUUGAUGGGUAUUGAAAUCCCGGCUGAUUUUGGUGGUAGUAAUUUAGACUUCGUUUCCAGUCUCAUCGUUGUUGAGGAGAUUUCAAAAGUGGACCCAAGUGUGGCUAUUUUGGUCGACAUUCAAAACACCUUAAUUGUCACACUAUUGAAGAGACUAGGUACUGUGGAUCAGAAGGAACAAUGGCUGCCCCGACUUGCUCGAGACACAGUAGGUUCGUUCUGUUUGUCAGAAGCGGAUUCUGGAUCCGAUGCAUUCUCUCUGCGAACAAUAGCUACUAAAGAUGGAAGCGAUUAUGUCAUAUCUGGUUGCAAAACAUGGAUCAGCAAUUCUCAUGAGGCUGGUCUUUUUGUUGUGAUGGCAAACGCAAAUCCUUCCUCAUCAUUUUCGUUGCUCAUAUUUUGUAAUCCUUUUUCACUGGGCUUUAAGGUUUCAUUUAUUUGCGUUAGUGGAUUGUGUCCGAUUAAUAAGGAUAACGCCUACUCGCACGAGAUUCCCUUUCAAAAUAUUUGA